CCCAGACUAGAGUAAAGCCUUCAAUAAUCAUUUAAAGGAUUAUUCAGGGCAGCUUUUAGUGGUUCUCCAAUGGCAAGAAAGCUUCAUUUUUUGCCUGUGAUUUUUCUCAUGGUGGUGAUUGCUAUAGCAGAGGCAAAAACUCCACCUGAGGCUAGCCAUGCAAAGUGUCUAAUCAAGAAAUACAAGCACUGCUAUAAUUUGGAGCUGGUUUGCCCAACUUCCUGCCCCAAUAGUUGCGCUGUUGAAUGUGUUUCUUGCCAACCUGUUUGUGUUGAUGGCUCUAGUUUUCCACCUGUCUUUCUCUCUCGCUCCCUACUAGAAUCUGAUAAUGAUGGCCAUAAAUCAUCACCUGGCAAUUAUAAUGACAAUGAUGAUAAUAAUGGCAAUAACAAUGGCAACAACAACAUUGGCAACAACAAUGGCAAUAACAACGGCAACAACAAUGAAGACAAUGGCGACGACAAUGACAUCCGCAACGGUGGUCAUCAGUCAUCAACUGGUAACAAUGACAAUGAUAACAAUAAUGGCAAUAACAAUGGCAACAACAAUAUUGGCGACAAUAAUGGCAACAACAACGGCAACAACAACAAAGACAAUGGCGACGAAAAUGAUAACGACGACGAUGGUCAUCAGUCUGGCAACAAUGACAAUGAUAACAAUAAUGGUAAUAACAAUGGCAAUAACAACAUUGGCAACAAUAAUGGAAACAAUAACGGCAACAACAAUGGAGACGGCCACGGAAACGACGGCGACAACAACGGCCACGGUGGAGACAACGGUGGCAAGAAAUCACCAUCUGACUCUCACACCGCUUUACCACCAGAAUAUCAUAUUCCUCCAUCAUAUACGUCACCCCCUCAAUAUAAGCCAACUCCAUCUCCUCCAAGUAUUCCAACUCCCUCUUCACCAUCACCACCAACAUCGACGCCUUCUACACCAUCCACACCUCCAACUCCUACACCCCAUACACCAUCACCAACGCCUCCCACCACACCCUCUUCACCAUCACCAUCAACACCAACACCAGAAUUGUCACCUCCAACUCCUACAUCCUCUUCACCUUCUCCAUCAACUCCUUCUACCUCGCCAAAGACGGCCAAAUGCAGAAACAAGCACUAUCCACAAUGCUACAAUACUGAGCAUGUCUGUCCUAGAUCUUGCCCUGGUGGAUGUGAGGUCGAUUGUGUCACUUGCAAGCCCGUCUGCAAAUGUGACAGACCUGGAGCAGUUUGCCAAGAUCCUCGAUUCAUUGGUGGAGAUGGCAUUACCUUCUACUUCCAUGGCAAGAAAGAGCAUGAUUUUUGCCUUGUUUCUGACACUAACCUCCACAUCAAUGCCCACUUCAUUGGCAAGAGGAAUGAGAAGAUGACAAGGGACUUCACUUGGGUCCAAUCCAUUGCAAUCCUCUUUCGUAAUCACCAGAUCUUCCUCGGUGCACGUAAAACCUCAACAUGGAAUGACUCUGCAGACCGUCUUGCUCUCUCCUUCGACGGCGAACCCCUGACACUCUUGGAAUAUGAAGGCACUAGGUGGCAAUCCGCAAGAGUACCAGGCUUGUCCAUCUCCAGAACUAGCAGCACUAACAAUGUCGUAGUUGAAGCUGAAGGGAACUUCAAGAUCACAGCUAAGGUUGUGCCGAUAACUGAAGAAGAUUCAAGAAUUCACAACUACGGUAUUACAAAAGAUGAUUGCUUUGCUCAUCUUGAUCUUGGGUUCAAAUUUUACUCUUUAAGUGAUGAAGUGAGUGGUGUGUUGGGCCAAACUUAUAGGCCUGGAUAUGUAAGUCGCGUUAAUGUUGGUGCAAAGAUGCCUGUAAUGGGUGGCGACAAAGAGUUCCAAACUUCAAGCCUCUUAGCUGCGGAUUGUGCAGUAGCUCGAUUCAACAGUGCCAAUGACUUCAAUCGAGAAGCCUCUUUGCAGGGUUUUGAGCUGCCAGGUUUGAGUUGUGCAAGUGGUAUUGACGGAGAAGGGGUAGUAUGCAAGAGAUAAACAUAUACACAUUGACUCAUUUUAUAAUAAAUGAUGUAAGAAUAAAAAGUGUCAAAAACCAUUAGAGGUGAAGAGAAAGAGCCUCUACUUCUGCAAAUUGAUUAUUUUGGUUAGCUUCAUGAUUUUAUUUCAGAAUAAAAACUCAAUCUUGAUAAUUA